AUGCAAUGUUGGUUUGACAGUCACACAGGACACGCCCUUGCAGCCCGAUUCAUUCUCCAGGUUAGUGGCUUUAUAAAGCUGAUGUGAAGAAUCAAAGGGCAUUACAGCAGCAGCAGCAGCAGCACUUCAUCUAAACAUGUCGUGCGCUCUCGUCGCUCCACCGAACUUCUCGUGGGUCGAACCUCACAAACUCGCCGGACUGGCCUGUCCUUCAGAAACUCAGCAUUAUAAGUUCCUGGUGAAGAAUGGCAUCAAACACCUGGUGUGCUUGUUAGAAUCAAAACCACCGAAGUAUGAUACCUGUCCAGAGCUCAUCCUGCAUCACAUCAGCAUUGUGGACUUCACGCCACCGAGUCUGACUCAAAUACUGCGAUUCCUGAGCAUCGUGCAGGACGCCAAUGCUAAAGGGGAGGCCGUUGCGGUUCACUGUAUGCAUGGUCAUGGCAGGACAGGGACCAUGCUAGCCAGCUACCUGGUGAAAACAAGGAACAUUUCUGGUCUGGAAGCCAUCAAAGAAAUCCGUCGACUUCGAAAAGGGUCCAUUGAGACAAAAGACCAGGAGAUAGCAGUGAUAGAGUUUCAUAAGUACAUUCAAAAGGGUUCUUAAAUCCACACCUACAUACAUUUGAUCUGUACAUUGACAGGUGUGUGUGAUCAAUGUUCUUCAGCUGAUCCUGGUGUUAGUCUCUCUCUCUCUCUCACACUCACACAGUAAUGUAAGACUGCAGUGUUAUGAAGAGACAGCAUGUGUUGUACACCCUUAGAAAACUAAGACAAUAAAGAACAACUGCUUUGUGUAACCUAAACUACUUCAAAUAACCAAUGAUUUGGGUGUGUUGGUUAAUACACAAAACAUGAACCUGUUCAGCUGUGCUCUUACUGCUUUACAACUCUGGUAGUAAUACACAACCCAAACUAGGAUGCCACAAUUACAGCUACAUCAUGUUACAUGUUAUACAUCAUGUUAUUUCUAUUGAACAGUCCAGUUAAUCUUGAAUGCAGUGUGUUAAAUGGGUCAAUUAUGCUUAUGUUUGUAUUCAGAUCUAUUGAUGUAUUGGAAAAAAAAAAAUGCAUUAAAAGUAAAGCUCAUUCACAACA